AUGAGCUUCGUCACCCGCCGAGCGCUCUCAACGCUCAUUCCCCCCAAGGUGAGAAAGAGCCCUUUCGGUUAUGGGCGCAAACGCCCGGUGCUCCGAUUGAUUCCGCUGACCGAGUUCGAAUUAACACAGGCCAUUGGCGCCGCUCCUGAUGCUAUCCGCAUGCAGCGCGUUGUCAGCUUCUACGAGAAGCUCCCCCGAGGUGCCGCCCCCGAGAUCAAGGCUAAGGGCCUUCUCGGUCGAUACCAGGCCAAGCACUUUGGCAAGAACCCCACUGGCAAGCCCAUCAUUCACCUGAUCGUCUUCCUUGUCAGCAUCGGUUACAUCCAGAACUACUACUUCCACCUUCGUCACCACAAGAACAAUGCCCACUAA